AUGGCGCCUCUCGUCCAAACGGCCGUUGUCGCUGCACUGGCAGCGAUUGCUUCUGCCGCCACCAUUACCCAUGAUUUCAACAUCACCUGGGUCACUGCCAAUCCCGAUAAUGCCCAACCUCGUCCCGUUAUUGGCAUCAACAACCAAUGGCCUAUCCCCCGCCUCGAGGUCGACGUUGGCGACCGUCUCGUCAUCAAUGUCAACAACCAGCUCGGCAAUCAGUCUACCUCGCUACAUUUCCACGGUCUCUACAUGAACGGCUCCUCCCUCAUGGAUGGCCCGACCGGUGUCACCCAGUGUCCCAUUCCCCCAGGCUCUUCUUUUACCUACAACUUCACCGUCGAUCAACCCGGCACCUACUGGUAUCACUCCCACAGCAAUGCCCAAUAUCCCGACGGCCUGCGCGGUCCCCUUAUCGUCAACGACAAGGACUUUCCCUACAAGGACAAGGUCGACGACGAGUUCAUCGUUACUCUGUCCGACUGGUACCAUGAUCAGAUGCAGGAUCUCAUCCCCACCUUCCUCUACAAGGGCAACCCUACCGGUGCCGAACCCGUUCCCAAGGCUGCGCUCAUGAAUGAGACGCUGAACCUUGAUGUGCCUGUCAAGCCUGGCAAGACGUACAUGUUUCGCGUCAUCAACAUUGGCGCCUUUGCCGGCCAGUAUCUCUGGAUUGAGGGCCACACCAUGCAGAUUGUCGAGGUUGACGGUAUCUACACCAAGUCUGCUGCCGCCGAGAUGAUUUACAUUGCUGCUGCUCAGCGUGUUAGCUUCCUGCUCACCACCAAGAAUGACACCUCUGCCAACUUCCCCAUUGUCGCAUUAAUGGAUACUACCCUCUUUGAUGCUCUACCCGAAGAUCUCAACUACAACUCUACUGGCUGGCUCAACUACGACGACAGCAAGCCCAAGCCUGAUGCCAAGAUUGUCUACGAACUUGACGCCUUCGACGACAUGACUCUGGAGCCCUAUGAUGAGGAGAAGCUGCUCCCCGAGCCCUCAAAGAUUGUCGAGCUGGACGUCAUCAUGGACAACCUCGGCGACGGUGCCAACUACGCCUUCUUCAACAACAUCACCUACAAGUCGCCCAAGGUCCCAACCCUCUACAGUGUCCUGUCGAGCGGCGACCAAGCCACGAACCCCACCGUCUAUGGCGAGUACACGCACCCCUUUGUCCUUGAAAAGGAUGAGAUUGUCCAGAUUGUCGUCAACAACCUCGAUUCGGGCCGCCACCCCUUUCAUUUCCACGGCCACGCCUUCCAGGCCAUCCACCGCUCCGCUGAGGAGGCCGGCACCCUUGCCAGCGAGAACUUGACCGAGUCGGACUUCACCCAAGUGCCCAUGCGCCGUGACACUCUUGUCGUUUGGCCCAACGGCAACAUUGUGCUGCGCUUCAAGGCAAACAACCCCGGCGUCUGGCUGUUCCAUUGCCAUAUUGAGUGGCACGUCGUCUCGGGCCUGCUAGCCACGUUUGUUGAGGCCCCUCUGGAGCUGCAGAAGCAGUUUACCAUUCCCCAGAACCACCUAGACAACUGCGCCGCCCAGGGCAUGGCCACGCAGGGCAACGCCGCCGGCAACACCAAGGAUCUGCUGGACCUGACGGGACAGCCAGAGCCUCCUCGCCCCUUGCCUGCUGGAUUUACCACACGUGGCAUCAUUGCUUUCGUGUUCAGCUGGAUCACUGGUAUUCUGGGUGUCUUGGUCGUCGCCUGGUACGGCCUGUCUACACCAACCAAAACGACGCACGAUCACGAGCACCUCGUUGGUCCGGCUAACGGUACCACGGAGGUGCGUGAAGCGAGUGCAACUGCUGGCACUACUGCUGCUACUGCUGGCACUACUGGCGAGACAACGUCAACCGCCGCAGAGGCGAAUGCCACGGCGGCCAGCCAGCAUCUCUCGCUGCCCAUCCCCGCGGCCGUCACCGUGCUCGUCGCCAUCCUCCCCGUCGCCGCCUUCCUCAACGCGUUCGUCUACCCGAACCUCUUGCGCAGCGCCACCUCGGACCUCGCGCGCGCCGUGCCCAUCGCCCUGCAAGCGCUGCAGGCCAUCCUCACCGCCGUCCUCGCCACGCUCGUCGCGCAAGACUUUGCCCCGUCCGCCGCCGCCACGCGCAGCUGCGCGCUCGACGCCGCCUGGCAGGCGCUGUACGCCGCGCGCGACGCAGACGCCGUCCGCCUCGUGCAGGACACGCUCGGCUGCUGCGGGUACGCCGCCGUCGACGACCGCGCCUUCCCGUUUGCGAGCCUGAUAAGACAGACGUGCGCGGAGAUUUACGGUCGCGACCGCGCGUGUGCGGCGCCCUGGCGGGUGGCGCUCGAGACGCACGCCGGCGUUGCGUUUGCCGUCGUCGUCGCGGUGGCUCUGAUGCAGAUACUUGGACUUGUCCUCAUGCGACCCAGCACCAGCUGGUGGACCGCGCUCCGCACGCCAGAGGAUGAAGAGGGGGAGGAAUACGACGAGCAGAGUAGGCUGUUGGGCGCGGAGCGAGGGCAGCAGGUUGCGUCUUCGCCUGUCGCUGGGCCGUCAACACAUAUCGAGGCGGCCCGAUGA